CGAUUGAGAAGAAUGAAGACGCGUUUUCCAUCAGUUGACUUUUCUCUUUCUUCUUGCUUCUUCCGUUAAGAAACGAGUCGACUCAUUUGACCAGUUCUCUCUUUCUUUCUUCCCAUUCAACUUGCCCAGCCAUCCAUGAUUCAUCCUCGUCUACUUUAAUUCCUAAUUUUCCGUUCAAAACACACUUCAUCUUUUCACUUUUCAUCGUCAGAGCAGAUCCAAAAAAAUGAAUGAUCUUUUUUCAGGAUCCUUCUCUCGUCUCCGUGGCCAAGAUCCAAAUUCCCACACCAUCCAAAUGACAAACUCACCUAAUUCCACUGGCGGGGUAAAUCUCGACAAGUUUUUCCAAGACGUCGAGGCCAUCAAGGAUGAGCUCCGUGAUCUGGAGACGCUCUACAGCCAGCUCCAGGCCGCACACGAGCAGAGCAAAGUUCUCCACAAUGCCAAAUCCGUAAAAGACCUUCGAGCAAAAAUGGAUAACGACAUCGCCAUAUCGUUGAAAAAGGCCAAGAUGAUCAAGGUCCGAUUGGAGGGAUUAGACAGGUCCAACGCUGCUAACCGCAGCGUCCCGGGCUGUGGACCCGGGAGCUCAUCCGACCGGACCAGGACUUCAGUCGUCAACGGCCUGAGGAAAAAACUUCAGGACAUAAUGAACCGAUUCAAUGAGCUGAGGCAGAAAAUGAACUCCGAGUAUCGGGAAACCGUCCAGAGAAGGUACUACACAGUGACAGGGGAAAACCCAGAUGAGAAAAUCUUAGACAAUCUGAUCGAAACCGGGGAAAGCGAAACUUUCUUGCAGAAAGCAAUACAGGAACAGGGCAGAGGACAAAUAAUGGACACUAUAAUGGAGAUUCAAGAAAGGCAUGAUGCAGUAAAGGAAAUGGAGAAGAAUCUGAAGGAAUUGCAUCAGGUUUUUAUGGACAUGGCUGUAUUGGUGCAGAGCCAAGGGGAACAAUUGGAUGAUAUUGAGAGUCAUGUUCACAGGGCAAAUUCUUUUGUUAGAGGAGGCACUCAUCAGCUGGAGGUGGCUAGGAAACACCAGAAGAAUACUAGGAAAUGGGCUUGUUUUGGAAUCAUUCUUUUGUUGGUUAUUAUCUUGAUUGUUAUUCUCUCCAUUAGGCCUUGGGAGAAGAAAUGAGAAUUUUUUUCUGGAUUGUUAUGCAAUAUUUUGCUUUUUUUUUUUUUAGUUUGUAUAUUGUUUUUUUUUUUUUUUUUUUUCCCUUUCUUCCCAGUUUAUUGAGUUUUUGGAAUUUUAAUGUUUGAAAUAAGAUUCUUUUCUCUGUAACCAUUUAAACUUUUGUAUGGACAUUGUUAAA